UUUUUCACAGCCGGGUUUUUUUGCUCAGACCGAGCGUCCAGCUGUCGAGCGCCGGGCGAGCGGGGCUGUUUUUUAAUAUCGGAAAGCGGCAGACGAUGUUUUAUAUUUACCCGUCGUGAUUCAGUUCGACAUUUUGCGUCGGCCAAAGCCGGUUGGAGGGAGGGGGCGAGAGGAGGACGACACCGCUCGGGAAAAAAGAGCCGUCGGAUGGAGGAGGAGGGGACGAGGACGGAGAGGGGGGAGUUCACUCCAAAUACUAUCCCUUUAAAACAAGGGGGACACGGCGGUGGGGGAGAGAGAGACAGCGGGGCAGAGAAGACGGCGUAAAAAAAGAAAAGGAAGAAAGAGCGAGGGUGGGAGGGAGAGCGCUACAGGAAGGAAGAGAGAGAGGGAGAGGGGGGGAAAAAAAAGAAAAGAUGUCAUCCUCUCGAUUGAAACGCCGAGGCGGAGCCAUGGACCGCGGCCGGUGAGGCGCUCGUCGCGCUGGGAUGAGAUUUAACGCAACACCGAGGCUUUCUGCCGUGCUCAGGCCGCACGGAGCGGCUCCCGGGCUGUUUCUCCCGCAGCACAGGGGCUGAGCGACCGCUGACUGCAAAAAUACAAACACCACACCAACUCUCAGUCUGCAACCUUGUGUUAUUGUUUUUUUUUUCUUCUGCAUGAACUUCUGAAUUAUAAAACCACCAUUCCAGCAAAUUAAUUUGUAUAUAAAUGUGUAUAAAUAUAUUUAUUUAUAUAUACAUGUAAUGAAAGCAUGAUAAAUAUGACUUCUUUUUUUUAACCUGUGGCAGUUACAUUAUCGUUAAGAUAGCUAUUUAAUAUUGUAAAUAUAAUAUAUUUUUAUGUUCAGUAGAUUUUUUUUAUAUCGUGAUUUUUAAUGCAAGUUCACGUGCAGUACGUUUAAUUAGCUAGUUAAUUGACUUAUGUUAAUUGAAGUCUUUGAAACGUGCAUAUUUAUUUUCAGUAUCCUAGCUUGCACUUUUUAUAUAUUUUUUGUUAUUAGCCACUGUAAAGCACAAAUUAAUUUAAGAUCUCGUCAUAUUGUAUUGUAGCUAGUUAGCUAGCUAUCUCUCUUGAUUACUGUAACUGUAAUUGAUCACCAAACGUCAUCCGCCUUCAAGAUGGAUGCAGCUUGGAGCAAUUUCCUCUUUCAGACCCCUCCUUCACAAUCCCAAACGGAGACGACCCUCCAAUCAGAUCUUCUGCCUGAGCUCACGGACCCGCCCCCAGACCCGCCCGCCGAGCACAUAGCCCCGCCCCCAUCAACAGUGGACACAGCAGCGCUGAGCGAGGAGCCGGAGCCAGUUAAACCUGUCACUCGGCCUCCCCGGCCUGCUCACAUCUGCUCCAUAUGUAAUAAGCAGUUUAAGAACAGUUAUAACCUGCGGCGUCACCAGUCGGUGCACACCGGGGUGAAAAUGAAAGACAGAGCGGCACGGGAGAAAGACGGAGGCAAGCCAGGCACUCGGGUGGAGCGGCAGACCAUCCCUCUCUCUCUUCUCCAUCUUUCUAUUCCGGCUACAAUUCCCACAGCUACGGACCCAAUGACCCAUCCCCAGCCUGCAAUCACUAACCAACAGGUGGAGACGGUUGCCGUGUCCAUUACUCCAGCGACUGUUGCUAUGACAGCACCUCAGCCGCUUUCUGCUGCUGUGGUGGUUACGGGGACAAUGGUGCAGGCUGCCCCGACUAACAACACUGCAGAGAACUCCAACAUUCCUGGCUCAAUCCAAAUCGCAAUCCCAAUCGCAAACCCUCAUCCUGUUCCCAGUCCUAAUCCUCUUCCCAAUCCCAGCCCUAACCCAAACCCAACUCCUACUCCAAACCCUAACCCAAUACGAAAGAACCACGCCUGUGAGGCGUGCGGGAAGGCGUUUCGGGAUGUGUACCACCUGAAUCGGCAUCGCCUGUCCCAUUCAGACGAGAAGCCGUACUCCUGUCCCAUCUGCCAGCAGCGCUUUAAGAGGAAGGACCGGAUGAGCUACCAUGUCAGAUCCCAUCAAGGAGGAGUGGAGAAACCAUACGUGUGUCCCCACUGUGCUAAAGGUUUCUCACGGCCUGACCAUCUUAACAGUCAUGUACGGCAGGUGCACUCCACAGAGAGACCUUUCAAGUGCCCGACAUGUGAGUCCGCAUUUGCCACUAAGGACCGACUGCGUGCUCAUAUGAUCCGACACGAAGACAAAGUUCCCUGCCACAUAUGUGGCAAACUGCUCUCUCCUGCUUAUAUCACAGAUCACAUGAGGGUCCACAACCAAUCCCAGCACCAUGUCUGCCACCUGUGCAACCGCAGCUUCACCACGCUGACAUACUUGCGUGUGCACGCUCAGAAGCACCACGGGCAGGAAUGGAAAGAGAGCAGCGUGGGCCGUGGCACUGGGCCCGGUGGAGUGUUGUUGUGCCAACUGUGUGGAGUUCACUGUAAGACCCCCACCCAGCUCCAAGGCCACAUGGCUAUGCAUGCCAACCAGACGGACCCCGCUGCGCCAAGCCCCAUCAGCAGUAGCUCAGGGGGAACGGUGACCACUGCCACUCCUGUCUCCAGCCCUCCGGUCACUGUGGGCCUGCUGGUGACUGACUGCUCCAGCAUUGCACCCCAGAGCCACAGCUAGCUAGGACGGGGAGGGGGCAGAGAUCAGUUUGGAAAGGAGAAAACCUGAAUAGGAUCAGGUUAAAAUGAAGAUGCCAAAUGGAGAAGUCACGUAAGAAACUCUGCCCUCGCUUCGUCCUUGCCACCUCACCUCGAUAACUUUUAAUUAUUACGAGGAUUUGAGGGUUUUAAAGCAGAAACAUUCAAGUGAUCAUCUACUCAUUUCAACCGCCCACACACUUCCUUCCCGACGUUCUUCUGGAUCUGUUUUGGUCCAAUCCACCUCAGUCAAUCUACUCAACUGUUUGUGAAGAGGAUCAAAUGGAUUGCUGGGUUGGGUGUAGAGAUAUCCCCUCAUUAUGUCAGUCAUGUCCCAGUGGAGAGGUCCCAAUGAAAUAAAGGCCAUUAAGUGUUGUCCCAUUUUAUUAUAACAUGUCUCUAGUGAUGAAGAAUGUAGAUUGUUGAGGCUAAUUAUGAUCUUUAGAUAUCCUGCUCCCCGUCCAUCUAAACUGCCUUCAAUGUUCAAGCAAGCAAAACUACUAUACUGAUUUUUUUUGUUUGUUUGUUUAAUUUAUUUUUACAUGGUCCUUGUGGACAAUAAAUGUGGUCUAGCACAUUUAACCAGCCUCCUUGAAGGAGGUUUGCAGCUGUGAGAUAGGGGAUCAAAUGCUGUACCAUUUCCUGUCAUAAAUACCUGAUGCCUGUAAAGGGGUUCGUUUCAAAGUGAACUGUACAACAAGGAGUUGGUUGUAUUGUUUCUCAUGCUCGUGGAUAUAAGGGACUUGUUCUAAGUGUUUUUAUUUCAUUUCAAAUUCACAUUGAUGUUGAUUUAUCUGAAAUGGUUUUGACCAAGGAUGUGAUCAUGGUUUGAUGUUGCUUAAGAAGCUACAUAAUGCUCUCUCCUUGACCUUGUUUGUGUUGAAGCUUGUUGAACGCCUCUUUGAAUCUUUGUUGCUGUUGCUGUAAAGAAUACCUAUCUAAUUACUCAAUGUACAAACAAAGAACGUGCACCUAAUUAUACUUACUUUAACAAAAA